AGUCUUCCUACAAGAGAUAGAGAAAACCUUAAACAUCAUAAUAUCCCAGUUCCGCUAAAAGCUUACAAUAAACUAGCAAAGAAAAACAUAUCUUUAAAACGACCACCAAACUAUUCGGUCCUCACCCAAGGCCAGAAUGGCUAACGCUAUAUCACUGUCCCCUUGGAGCACCGUGUGCUUGGUGGCACGCCGAACACAGAAGACGGCGAGGACGAAAGCCGAGGCAAAGCAAAGCCCGAGCAGUGUCGGCUUCGGCCGCCGCAGGAACGAGCCGUUGUGGCGAUGCGUGGAGGGCUGUGGGGCCUGCUGCAAACUGGACAAAGGUCCCUCCUUUAUCACCCCUGAAGAAGUAUUCAGUGACCCUCGUGACAUUGAGCUCUAUAGGAGCUUAAUAGGUCCUGAUGGAUGGUGUAUACACUUUGAUAAAGGCACACGAACGUGCUCCAUUUACAAUGAUCGUCCAUACUUUUGUCGUGUGGAGCCAGAUGUAUUCGAAUCAUUGUUUGGAAUUAACAAGAAGAAGUUUAACAAAGAGGCUUGCAGUUUUUGUAGGGACACCAUUAAAGCAAUUUAUGGUUCCCAUUCAAAGGAGUUGGAUAACUUCAAGCGUUCAACGAGCUCCUCUGGUUUUACUUAGAAUAUAUUGCACUUCACUGCUUAAAAUGCUUAAGCCAAUGGAUCAAUAUACUUUAUUAUAGCAGCAGGGGUUGAACAUCCUGGUCCCCUUUGAUGAGGAGAAGUCUUGCAAUCAAGAAAAGAAAGUUUGGAAGGCUUUUGAUGCUCCAAUGCAUAGAAGGCAAACUGCUUGGUAUUGCUGGUCUAGUAGCUUUUGGCGAGAGGAAAACCAUUUGCUUCUUCCUCAAUUCCUUUGCUGGCAGAUUCGCAUGAUAUUUAAAAGAAUUCUCAAAUAUCAGAAUCAAGUUAAAUUGUUUGCUCUCUCGCGAUCACUAAAACUACUAAUCAUAAUCUUGUACAAAACUUCAGAGCAGUAUACCUGCUUGUUCUAAUGUUUUCCUGUAUUGUAUCUCACAGAAUAAUUCAAUGAGGUUUUUUUUUUCCUGAGCGAUUCAAUGAGUUCAUUAGUAUAGAAAGACUCUCUCUCUCUCUCUCUCUCUCUCUCAUCCACGGAGGACUGUGAGGCCGAAAGCUUCAAACUUUUCCAAAGUGGAAGCUGUUACUUCUGGGUGACCUAGUGAAAGAACUUGCAUAUGAUGCUCUGGCAACCCAUUUUCUGAUGCCCAUCUUUUUUGCUGCUUUUCUUCCCAAAAGAGAUUCGAAUUCAAGAAGCCUCUCUAGGUAGGUGAUCGAAUUAAUGGUCAUUUUGUGAAUGGAAUCUCUCAUCAAUGGUGGAAAGUGAUAGAUUUUGAGCCACCUCUACUUUGUCACUGCAGAAAGUGAAUUCACUUUCCUACCUCUUUCCACAGCAUAUAAGUGGUUUUAACAUCCCCCUGCCCUUCCCAAAUCUACAACACUUCUAAUUCAAAAGAACAUUUCAAUGAAGGGGAAUGCUUAAGUUGCAAAAGGAGAGUGUAUAACUGAGUUUGAAGAAAGAGUUGGAAAGAAGAUACAUUUGCAAUGACGGACACGUACGACCAAGAACUUGCCGAAUAUCGACGUGCUCUGUUUGGUGGCAGCCCUGGUACUCCUGGCAAUUAUGAAGAUCUCUAUCGCUGUCCUGUUUUCGACCCCAAUGAUCCUUUCCAAGAGGGAAUUUGUGAUCUCAUGUCUUCACUAUAUGGGAUGGACGAGGUUGAUUUUGCAAGCAGACCCUGGGAAGAGAAUGAACCAACUGAGGAGGUUUAUGAGGAAGAGCAGCUGGCUUACAACGGCAAUUGGAAUUGGCCGAGUCGCUUUAGCGACUGUCUGGGAGAGAAUUUUUUCUCCCUCGAGGAUGAUACUCAGGACAUUGGAUGUGGCAGUAGUUUGGGGAAGAUGGAAGACUUCUCUCAUGGUGAAGAACAGCAUCACACUUAUUUCAGUUAUCAUGAAGAUGGAGAAAACCGGUCCGUUUGUGAUUAUUGUCCUUGGGAUGCAUAUGGAGAAGAGGAAGAGUUCCAUGAUUUCUGUAGGCAAGAGCCCAGAAUACAGUAUGGUUACAAUCUGGAUGAGAUGAGACUCUUUGAAAGUAUCUUCGGCUACUGGCCUUGCCUGUUUCGGGAAAAUCAAAAAAACACAUGGUGAGUAGAAAACUAGAGAGCAAAAGCAUGUAAAUCCGUGGAAGGGAGAUUGCUGAUUAUUUUUACAAUGGGAUACAUCUCUCACUUAAGAAUAAACUCUCUUUUUUUUUUUUUCUCAUUUGAACUGUAAGACUGGCACGAAGUCCACAAUUUUUGUUUUUCCUUUCAAUAUGCAAAAUUGAUGUAA